CUAAUAACAACACAGUUCCUCAAUGCUACAAGACCGCCGAUCUCUGUAUUGAGGGUGUUGAUCAAUUAAGAGGCUGGUUUUCAUCUUCUCUGAUUCUUUCUUCUGCGAUUACAGGGAAGUCUCCAUUUCGGCGUUUAGUGGUACAUGGCUUCACGACCGACUCAGAUGGCCAUAAGAUGUCAAAGUCCCUUGGUAAUGUGAUAUCACCUAGUAGUCUGCUUAUGCCACGCGAAUCACUAUCCUCUCAUCUGAACGAGCCACAACAGACGCAGAAACAUCUUUCUAAGUCUGGGAGCGCUAUUCAUAGACAGACUAAGAGAUCAGCUAGUGUUGUACAACGCCAUACACUUGAUGUGCUGCGUUGUUGGGCUGCAGCUUCGGCACUUUCUUCGAGAGUGCCUUUCGGUUAUCGUGAAUUGGAUAAACAGGCAAUCAAAUAUCGGCAGGUACGCAAUGGUUUUCGCUUUAUGCUGGGAAAUCUAAACGAUUAUUGUCCUUUGACUCAUUUGGCCAUGCUCACUAAUACGUCUAUUUCAAAUCCUGUGGGCGGUACUCUGGCUCUAUUUUCUCAAUUGUCGAGUGCCCUGCUUAACCGUGAUCACUCUUCAGUUAGCCACCUUUCGAGUCUAGACCGUGUGGCGCUUACUCGGGUUGGUUGGUGCUUAAAUCGGGCCGCGAGCCUUCACUAUCCAGCCUUCACCUUCGACUCUCUUAUUGGCGAAGUCGACAAUCUUUUUUCUUGGCUCUCAAGCACAUAUCAUACAAGUGUCAAAGACAGGUAG